GUCACAAGUGUCAGCGCCAGUCGGCAGCAAACGUCAAACACCUAAGCUAGCCUGUGUUCAUAAAAGUGUGGAUGUGAUAAGAUUGUGCAAAAAAUGGGUUUUUCAAAAGUAUCGCCUCUACUUUCCACUGUUUUAGUUACUUUAUAUGUUAUUCUUAUAUCAGCACAGGUAUCACAAGGAUCAAAAGCGGAAUUCGUUACGUGCGGCACUAUACUAAAACUAAUCAACACUGACUUAAGAUUACGACUUCACUCACACGAUGUGAAGUAUGGUUCGGGAUCAGGACAGCAAUCAGUGACAGCAGUCGAUGUCUCUGAUGAUUCCAACAGCCACUGGUUGGUGCGGGCGCCCAUGGCUGAGUCAUGCAAACGAGGGGCGCCUAUAAAAUGCAACACCAACAUCAGACUGCAGCAUGUUACUACCAAGAAAAACCUGCACUCUCACUAUUUCUCAUCACCACUGUCUGGCAACCAGGAGGUGUCCUGCUAUGGUGAUGAGGAUGGAGAGGGUGACAGCGGUGAUCACUGGACUGUUGUGUGCAACAAUGACUACUGGAGGAGGGACACCCCAGUCAAGUUUAGACAUGUAGAUACAUCUGCCUUCCUGGCGGGAUCAGGACGUACAUUCGGGCGGCCGAUCAGCGGCCAAGGCGAGAUCGUAGGUAUCAACUCUCAGUACGGCGCUUACACAGACUGGCAAGCCAAGGAAGGGCUAUUCAUCCACCCAGGAGAGUUACUCCCACACCAACAUCCCAUUCAUUCAGAGUUAUAAUGUAAAUUAUUAUUUAUUAUGUAAUAAAUGUUUUUUUUUUAAGAAAUUGUU